CAGGCAUUAGGACGUACCCGCUCAACACGCCAACCCAGCACCACUGCAUAAGCUACCAACAGACGACAGUGUUACGGCAGAACGUGCUGCGCCAGCGUCUUAAUCAACCCACGUGUGUUGUAGUCGUCACCUGGUGGUCACAUUCCACCUCCCUGUCAUCUUUCGUGUCUUUUGUGAAAGACUGAUAUAAAGAAAUCAGAUGUGGAGCAAAAAGAAAUGGAAAGGCUCAGAAGUAAGAGACGCAAGCUGGGGAUUGUGAAAGCAAAAAUGUGGAGUGCUGGGCACUGGGCAUCGGGGCACAAUUGAGAAAGAGAAAUUUACAAUCGAUGCGAGGAAUUUAAGCAGAAAAAAGAUAGUUGCCAGAAAAAAUUACCUAUUAUGAUUGCGAAUGUGAGGCAACUAGGAGCAGAUACAGAAAACCCGAAUAUUUUCAGAAAAUGAGGGAAGAUGAUGACCAGCUGAGAUGCAUCGAGGAGGCACAAGAGUGCCGUGAGACUCUACGUUUUAAGAACUUCAAGGAUAAGACAGAAUUCGGUUGGGUUUUCCCCGAGGUGGACCAAGAGGAGGAAGCCAAGAUAACAGUAGUGGUCGAUUCGCAAUGGUUGGCCACGUACAACGAUGAGAUACUAGAACUUAGUACCGAGAUAAAAAAGCUGUCUGUGCUAAGUUUCCGUAUCGAGGGGCAGAAUAAUUUCAACGAAAAGAACUUGGACACAAAUAUUACAUGCAAAAAAGCUCAAAUUGUUAGUGAUGCGAGGCAAAACGAUAAUCCCACAGAAAAUUUAAAAUCAGAGAUGAAGAAGAAUAUUCCUCGGUAUUUUAACAAACAAAGACAUAAUGACUAUGUUAAGAGUAUAAUUUGUAGCGAGACUAGUUGGAAUGACAGUGGUUUGGAAGACUCUCAAAAGACCGAUAGUAUGGAAGUGAGUAGAAUACCACACGAGGGCGAAAUUGAGGUAAAAACACUUAUCGAAGAAACACACGAGCCAAGCAAUGAACUAGAAACAAGAUCAGUCACACCUCAGAGUGAAGCGUGUUAUAGUAUGUUAAGUUGUGCCUCGAGAGACAGCGGUGUGUACGCCACUGAUGACGUUGCAGAAACGUCCAUACUCGAGGAAUUGAAGGAUGUUUUCAGCGAUCAUGAAUUGUCGCUUGAAAGAUGUGUAGCAGGCAAACUAGAACCCGUGGAAGCACUCAUGACUGAUGAUGAACAAGCAGCUGAAAAAUGUCCAAUUUGGUUUCAGAAGUUUAGUGGAGAAGAUGAUUUAACUAAACACUUAAGGUCCUUAGCUUGGAAUUCUGACCCGAGUCCACGUGAAGCCUCCGCACAAUAUGUGAGUAGCGAAGUGUGCAAUGAAUCUGCAAGUUCUAUAUGUGAUACUGAAGAUUCAGUGAAAUUGGACGUCGAGGAAGCAAGCGAAAAUACUCAGCGGCGAAAGCGGCUGACGAACUUGUUGACGAAAUGUGACAGGUUGCAGACGCUGUCACCACGUGAUCAUCCAACACACGCACACGUCGAUGAAGUCACAAAACUGGUCAGGUCCUUUAGCAAUAUCGAUGACCGCCUGCAAGAUCUUCGUUAUGGACUUCAACAUCUCACCUCACAAGCCCAUAAGAAUAAACAGGAUUUUAGUAUCCUAGAAGAUCGGGCCUUGCAUUUAUUGACGUCGACGGCGGCAUCUCGUCGACACAUGGCGCAGAUGUUCGCCCUUCAGAAGCUGGAGGACCGUCUGCAGGAGGAAUGGUGGGCAGCCUACAACCCUAAUUUUCCUCCCCAACAUGAAAAUUACAUCGUCUAACCCAAACCGCAAUUAUAUGUAUACCAAUACUUUGAAAAUUAACAGUACAUACCAAUUCCAAACACAAAGAGUGUUGGUCUCUACAGAAGACUGAAUUAGAGGCAGGAAGCUCGAUAAAUAUUAGAACCAGAGAAAGUAUUCUAUUUUAUUAUCGCUGUGCCUCUAUCUUACUCGGAGUACAGUGAAUAUUUUCAUGAAUGUGUUGUUUACAGUAUUAUAUUAUGUACAAACAAAAGAGUAAUAUUCCAACAAUAAUCUAGUUAAGAUUCCUGUGAUAAUUUAUAAAGUUCAGUUGUCGGGACGUUACGCUUCCAGUCACAUCUAAAUCAGUACUCUGUUAUUACUCUGUAUAUGAUCAAGUUCCUUCAAAGGUAUGCUUUAUGUACAGAAGAUCUCGUAACAGUGAUCACAUGUAGAUUUAAAAUAAAGAGAAUGUACAGA